UCGAACGCUGCAGUCAGGAAGCGCAGCCUUCGGGUGGGGACCUCCGUCCUGGUGAUCGGAUUUGCCCAUUCUUCCCCGGUCAACGCCGGCUGUCCCCUCAGGAUGUCCACCAUCCAGUUACUGAGAGCGUUCGUCAGUCAGCGACUGACUGCGGCCGUAGAGGAAAUAAUCGGGGCGUUCGAAAGAACGAUAAGCGAGUACGAGGAGGAGAUCGAUCGCCAGCGCAGGCUGCUGGAGGCUGGGCGACAGCCCGGCAUCGGGGCGGCCUUAAACAACCAGACAGGUGGGUGUCAGGACAUCCAGCCACUGAUUGUCAAUGCAAAGAUUCCCCCGGGGCGCCCCAGUCUGGACCAGGAGACCACAAAGCCCCCACACAUUAAAGAGGAACCAGAGGACGUGUGGACUAGUCACGAGGGACAACAGUUCCAAAGGCCGGAGGCGACAGAUAUCCCAGAGUUCCACUUCCCUCCUGUCUCGAUGAAGAGUGAAGACGAUGAAGAGAAGCCUCAGUUAUCACAGCUCCACCAAAGCCUAACCGAGGAGAACAAGGAGGCAGAUCCUCCAGCUACCAGACCAGCUCAACAGAUCAAAGCCGGAACUGCUGGAGAGGAGUGUGGAGGAUUAGAACCAACCUUUGACUUGGAUGUAGCUGGAUUUUUAAAAGCGACCAGCGAUGGUCAGUUUUUCCUUUCACAGUGUUUUAAAACUGAGACUGAAGUCUUAGAUGGUGACUGGAACCACAUGAUCAGAUCAGAUCAGCCAUUUUCAGACACAAGGAAAGAGAGUGACACUGUGUCUAAUAAGAGAUCUCAUAAUCAGAAAAAACUCUAUAAAUGCCCAGCGUGUAGCAAAACAUUCAAACACAACACGGCUCUGCAAAGACACAUCACAUGUCACACAGGGGAGAGGCCAUUUGACUGCACUGAGUGUGGUAAGACAUUUAGGCAAAAGGGAAGUUUGCACAUACACAUGAGAAAACACACCGGAGAGAAGCCUUUCAGCUGCUUAGUUUGUGGUAAAAACUUCACCCAGAGUGGAACAUUAGCUGCACACAUGAGAAUUCAUACUGGAGAAAAGCCUUUCAGCUGCUCAGUGUGUAAGAAAAGGUACAAUGAAAGAGGGACACUAGUCAGACACAUGAGAGUCCACACUGGAGAGAAACCAUUUACUUGCUCACUUUGUGGCAAAAGGUUUAGUGAAAAAGGAAAUCUGAAUAAACACAAGAAAAUCCACACAGGAGAAAAACCAUUUAGUUGCAGUGUAUGUGAGAAAAAAUUUAGUUUGUUGUCGCACCUCAAAAACCACAGGUGUCCCGGUAAGAAAAGCAGUGAAGCUGUAGAGCAGGAACUUCGGCUGAAAUGUCCAAAAGUUACAAUACAGUUAACCAGACACAUCUUAUGAGUCAGUCAGGAGGAAAACCAUUUAGUCAAUGUUGUCUUUUUACUUUUCUCUGGUGUUGAGUAGACCCAAUGAUUCACCUGUUAAUCCAGGAAAUAAUCAGCAGAUGAAUCAACAACGAAAAUAAUCUUUAGUUGCAGCUCUACUCUGAUUCAGAAUUCUUAACCUUUAUUUAUAUUGUAAAAAUAAUUUGAGAGAAUCAACUGCUUAAACUAACCCGACAUGAUCAGUGAGAUAGUCUCACCAGAGAAGUAGAGCAGAACGUUUGCAGGCAGCACAACAUUCUUAGAGUUAAAUGAAUCCAGGUAUUUUGAAAACCAGGAACUGGAACCAAAAUGGAACAUGCUACACUGCACAGUGUGUGUGUGUGUAUGUAUAUGUAUAUAUGUGUAUAUAUAUAUAUAUA